AUGUCAGUUCCACGAUCUGAGUACCUGAGUAGCGUCUGGGCGGAUGGUAUCUUUGAGAACCGGGUCUUGUUCAUCACAGGCGGAGCUGGGUCUAUCGGAAGUGCUCAGACACGGGCAAUUGUCCACCUCGGCGCGAAUGCAUGCAUCAUUGGUCGGAGCAUUGAGAAGACUGAGAACGCCGCCAAAGAAAUUGCAAAGGUUCGGCCGGGCGCAAAGGUGCUGGGCAUUGGAGGUGUUGAUGUUCGGAAUUUUGAGGCCCUCAAGGCUGCCGCAGACCGUUGCGCUGAGGAGUUGGGCGGGAUUGACUAUGUGAUUUGCGGUGCAGCUGGUAACUUUAUCGCGCCUAUCUCCAAGUUGAGUGCCAACGGCUUCAAGGCAAUCAUGGACAUCGACGCCCUCGGUACCUUCAACACCGUCAAAGCCACAAUCUCCUAUCUCCUAGAGUCAGCAUCACGAAACCCAAACCUGAGCCCCGGCGACGGAACUUCCGGUGGCCGUCUCAUCUCAGUCUCAGCAACAUUCCACUACACAGGCUAUCCUCUCAUGGCACCAGCCAGCGCCGCCAAAGCAGCCGUUGACUCCAUCAUGGCAAGCGUAGCGCUAGAGUACGGCCCAUUCGGUAUCAAUGCAAACUCUAUCGCUCCGGGCGGUGUUGAGGGCUCUGAAGGCAUGGAGCGUCUGGGAAGUAGUCAGGUGAGCACCAAAGAGAGGACGGAUCCUAUCCCUAGCGGAAGGUGGGCCACGGGUCGUGAUAUUGCGGAUGCAACUGUUUAUAUGCUUAGUGACGCGGGACAUCAUGUCAACGGUACGAGCUUGGUUGUUGAUGGUGGUGGUUGGAGAAGGCAUGCGGGCUUUCAGCUUGGUGUUGAUCCUGGCGUUAAGUAUCCUGAGUUUCUUCGAAACGGAGAGAUCAGCAAGCAUCUCAAGGGUUCUAAGCAAGACAAGUCGGAGUAG